GGCAUUGAUCCCAACGUACGCUUGAGAGAAAUACGCGACCAGAGGCAAAGUAACGUUCUGGUUUCUUUGUUCACUUCGAAAAGAGAAUGGACUAUUUCUUGGCAUCCAUUUGAAAGGACCGUACGCAAGCAAGCCAUCCCUUUUAAGGCACAGUAAGGUGAUAUUCAGUGACUUUACUUGCACUUGGAAUCACCAUUCGAAAAAAAAAAUGAUGACCACUAGGGAUAAAUGGAGGGUUUACAAGCGGGUAUGUGUCGUGUUCUUUCUGGCUGCGGUGACAUUGACGGUGGUCCAGAGAGGGGCUCCCUUCCAAAUUGAGAGGCAGGGUCGCAUGGAGGCCCCCUCCGAGGGAGGGGAGAACAGGGCCCAGCAGCAGAAUACGGGCCUCUACCCAGGGACCAACACCUUCUGGAAGGCUAGCAAGGCCAAACAAGCCGAGUCUACAGCCACCGCCACUGGCACCACGGAGGAACCCAGCAUCACCCAGGAGCGAGCUGGCUCCCGGACCUGGGACGUGUCCAGUGCCAACUGCAGUGCCAACCUCAACUUCACCAACCAGGACUGGUUCAGGGGCUUGGAGGAGAACUUUAAGCAGUUCCUCCUGUACCGCCACUGCCGCUUCUUCCCCAUACUCAUCAACCAUCCGGAGAAGUGCUCCGGGGAGACCUACCUGCUCAUGGUCAUCAAGUCCAUCGCUACGCAGCAUGACCGCCGCGAGGUGAUCCGCAAGACGUGGGGCAAGGAGCAGGUUGUUGACGGCAAGAAGGUGAAGACGGUGUUCUUGCUGGGGACGCCGUCCAAUGAGGCUGAGAAGGCCAACCAUCAGAAGCUCCUGGAGUACGAAGACUACAUCUACAGAGAUAUCCUCCAAUGGGACUUCCAGGACAGCUUCUUCAACCUGACCCUCAAGGAGACCCACUUCCUUAAGUGGUUCUCCACCUACUGUGCCGACGUGCGCUACGUCUUCAAGGGCGACGACGACGUCUUCGUCAGUGUGGAGAACAUCUUUGAGUACCUGGAGGCCAGCGCCCAGGUCAAGAACCUCUUCGUUGGUGACGUGCUCUUCAAGGCCAAGCCCAUUCGCCGGAAGGAGAACAAGUACUACAUCCCACAACCACUUUACAACAAGACCCACUACCCUCCAUACGCCGGAGGCGGUGGGUUCCUCAUGGACGCACCCCUGGCCAGGAGGCUCUACUGGGCCUCAGACUCUCUGGAGCUGUACCCCAUCGAUGACGUGUUCCUGGGCAUGUGUUUGGAGGUGCUGCAGGUCACGCCCAUCAAGCACAAUGCUUUUAAGACAUUUGGUCUGGUCAAGAACAAGGACAGCAAGCUCAACCAAGAACCUUGUUUCUUUAAGAGCAUGAUCGUGGUCCACAAGCUGCUACCAUCAGAGCUCAUACACAUGUGGAACCUGGUGAACAGUAAUCUCAUCUGCUCGCAGAAAGUGGAGAUCUUAUAGCCUGGUGAGAACACUUAACUAGGCGAGGGGAGAAGAGUUAGGAUGUGUGAGCAGGCCGGGAGGCAGAUGUUGACAUCCAAUUCAAGUUCUCCUUUGUUCAUAGUAGGACCCAGACAAUAUUUGAUUUAUUACAUUUUAGCAGACAUUCUUAUCCAGAGCAAUUAGGGUUAAAUGCCUUGCUCACAUCGGCAGAUUUUUCACCUAGUCGGCUCGGAGAGUCAAACCAGCAACCUUUUGGUUACUGGCCCAACGCUCUUAACUGCUAGGCUACUUGCCUCUACUGCAUCACAGUGGAAGUAAAUUAUCUGGUGAUGUUUUUUUUAUAUUCUGGUGGCAUUUUGAAUGACUCUCAAUGUCAGCAGGCACAUUCAGAGAUGCCAAACCAAGGAGCUUGAGGUACCAGCACUAUCUUGCUGCAAAGGGGGACAGCGAGCUGCCCCCACGUUGUCAUGCAUCCCUUUGACUGUGUACUGAACGUUAAACACCUUGUUCAUUUGGACCAGGCUUCACCUAUACUGUAGUAACAUGGACCUUAUAAAAUAGGAAGAAACAAAGUGUCUCUACCUCACCAAUAUAGUUUAAAUUUCUCUUCUCAUAUAGGUAGUCUUUUGAAUAAUAUUCGUCAAGACAAAAUGUCUUGUAAGCAUGUUUUACCAUGUUAACAGUCAAUUAAAUAAUAAUGUCAUUUGUUUUUUUUCUCUUUACAUCUGACCCUGCAGUCCAACGUAGAGAGAGACCCUUUGUUAUGGGUCACUGCACUUCAAUAAGAGUGUUCAGUUUUCAGAAAGAAUUUGGACUGUAUGUGUCAAUGGAUUUGAAUGUGCUGAUAUACUUGAUAUGAAUUGGGUUGAGGGUUUUACGAGAGGCUCCCGAGUGGCGCGGCGGUCUAAGGCACUGCGUCUCAGUGCUAGAGUUGUCACUACAGACCCUGGUUCGA